UUUUUGAUUUCGGCCGCUGUGUUCACCGCUUCUGCGCUGGCGCGUUCGCUUUUCUGCCCGUCCCGGAUCGAAAUUUUCUCCAACUGCACAUUCCGUUCGUCCGUCAGUCACCUUUUACCGACUCUGUUUCGUGGGCUGUUGGCUGUUGUAACAAGAAGGAAAAAUUGAAAAAAUGUUUGCGUGUGCCAGACUGAUCGCCCCAGCUGCCCGAAGCGCCCUUGCAAAUGCACCCAAACAAUACUUGAGGCCCCUAAGUGGUGCUGUCAACCAAAGUCAGUCCCUAGUCCAGUCGGUGCAGCAGCAGAGGCAACCCACAUUGCUCCCAGCGGUUCGCGGUUUCCAGACCAGUCCCAUAUCCAGAGAUAUCGACUCUGCUGCUAAAUUUAUCGGUGCCGGCGCCGCCACAGUUGGAGUAGCAGGAUCGGGAGCUGGAAUCGGAACCGUAUUCGGUUCCCUGAUUAUUGGUUACGCGAGGAACCCCAGUUUAAAACAGCAACUCUUCUCGUACGCCAUCUUGGGCUUCGCGUUGUCUGAAGCCAUGGGUCUGUUCUGUCUUAUGAUGGCCUUCUUGUUAUUAUUCGCCUUCUAAGAAUGGCGUGCAAUUAAAAUAUUCACCGUCAUUUCCAUGAUGUUGGGUUACAUUGCCAUCAUGUAACUUGUACUUGUUUUUUUUAAGUGUUAAUCGAAAUUAUCUGCAAUAGAACUUUUUGUAUUUAGCGGGGCUCUGGACAAAUGCGGGGACAUUUGCGAGACUUUGGGCUUACUUUUUAUCAUCUGUUACAUCUGUAUUCGCAGCUUCUUCGUCCAUUUGUCCUGAAUACCGGCCAAAUUUAUUUAAAAUGCGAGGUGACACAGUAAUGCAUAUUGUACAGCGAUUAGAAACAUUAUGAAAUAAAAUCGGUUAGUUACGACCUUUUU